UGUGGGAAGGGAUUAGUGGAAUGGUAAAAAAGACCGCGCAAGGGGGGGACACGGGGGUAGCAACUUUGCGAAGUGUGAACGGUGGACUAGUCAGCAGUGGGAAGCGAAAAAGGGAAGUUCUAGCAGGACACUACAAGAGACUUGGAGUGCCCUCGGAGAAUGAAGCUUUUGACCAAGCGUUUAAGAAUGAGGUGGACAUAUGGGCCCAGAAAGAAGAUAAGACAUCGAAGGCAGACGUUGGGAACGUAGAACUAGAAAAGGAGUUCACUGAGAACGAGGUUGAGGCGUGUGUGAACAAGCUGAAGCACCACAAAGCAGCAGGAGCGGAUGGGAUAGUCAACGAGGUUAUGAAGGGGAAGGGGAUAAUCCAGCUGAUGGAGUUGGAGGGGAAGAGCGGUGUAAACUUGUUUAACAAAGGAGACAAGACUGAGCCAGGAAACUACAGGGGGAUCACACUGUCGAACACAGCAGGAAAAGUGUUCUGUAAGCUGCUGAACGAUAGGAUAGUGGGAGUAUUGGAGAAGGAACAUAGCAUUAGUGAGGGCCAGGCAGGUUUCCGCAAGAAGAGGGGGUGCGUAGACCACGUGUUCACGGUAGGGAGAAUCAUCCAAGGUAGAAAGAGGGCGGGAAAGCCGACGUACUGCUUCUUCCUGGACGUGAAAAAGGCAUACGACACCGUAUGGACAAACGGGCUGUGGAAACAACUGUCCAAGUACGGAAUCAAGGGGGAAAUGUGGAGAGUGCUGAAGAAGAUGACAGAGUGUACGAGAAGCGCAGUCAUGUUGGACGGAGAACUGUCAAAAUUCUUCGACAUUGAGCAGGGGGUCCCACAAGGUUGCACGCUGUCCCCAACAUUGUUCCAGGUGUUCAUCAACGAUCUGUUGGAAGUCGUAGAGGCAGUCCGGAAGGGAGUAAAAGUAGGGGACACGGCAACGUCGUGUUCAAGAAUGCUGUUUGCGGAUAAUUUUGUCGGUAUGUCGGACACCCCUGAGGGACUGCAACUGCAAAUUGACGCGGCGAAGAAGUUUACUGAUAAGUGGAGAUUGUCUGCCAACGUUAAGAAGAGUGCCGUCAUGGUAUGCAACGAUAACAAGGAGGAACCAGUAGAACAUAGAUGGAAGUGGGGGAUCGAGGAGAUUGCAGUAGUGGACCAGUACACAUACCUCGGAGUAGAGAUCGCAAAAGACUGCUCGUGGAAUGCACACAUGUCCAAGGUAGCGGAAAAGGGCAAAUCACGAGCAGGGAAGCUGCAUCCAAUACUCGCAAACCGGCACCUCGAUACACGCAUCAAAUUGACGGUUUUGAAGAGCGUAAUCGUACCACCACUAGAGUAUGCCGGAGAAAGCGUAAUCGUACCGCCGCUAGAGUACGCCGGAGAAGUAUGGGAAGGAAAUAAGAAGGUAGUGAAAGAACUCGAGGCGGCGCAGAUGAAAGCAGCGAAAAUCAUCCUAGGAUGCUCCAAGCGCACAAGUCAUGCAGCCGUCAGGGCAAAAUUGGGGAUCCAAUCCCUACGGUCGAGAAGAGACGCAAGGAAGCUGACAUGGUAGUAUCGCGUGUGCGGGAUGGGAGAGGAGAGGUUGCCGAGGAUUGUAUGGGAGGCGAAGUGGGCAA